AUGGAAAAAUCGCGGUCAAGAUCCCCUAGGUGGAAGGCCAGACCUCCCCCACAAAGAAGCCCAGAGCGUAACAGACAUAGACAAGAUUAUUAUCACAAUAACAAUGACUUCCAUAGAGACUCAAGAAGGUCAACACACUGGGAGAGUGAUCAGCAUAGGCAGAACAAUUCUAGAUUUGAUUCCUACAGUCACUUUAGUGAUAAUUUGUUUGAACAAGGUACAUUUGACACCAAUCAAAGAAGAUCCCCAUUCGAGGCAAACAGUCGACUGAAGAGAGUGUACUCUCCCGAGCGAAGGGGAGAAAGCAAUAGAAGAUUCCCCACAAAACCUGAAGAAACAAAUUGCAGAGAGAAUACAAGAAACUUCCAUAACCACAGAAAUCAUGAAAGAAAUGGUGAUAAUCCCAAUGUACAUAACAAUGGUUUUAAAACAGGAAGACGUGAGGACAACUUUCAGAGACCAUACAACAGAGACCAUAAUAAGAACUGGCAUGAAAGUGAUGGCUAUUGGAAUCAGCAUGAUCCAACAAACCAGUAUUUGUCUCCUCAUAGAAGAAGACCCGAAGAACAUGAACGAAAGUCAUUUCAGAAGAGGUAUCCUGAGGAUGAUUACAGAGAACAUGAACCACUUCAUAAGAGAGCCAGAGAAGCUGAGCGACAUGACUUUCGACCACCUCAGAAAAGCUCCUACUGGAAAGAUGACCAUCCAGAAAAAUCAUAUUAUUCCAAAGAGUGGUCAAAGGACAUGGAUUACAGAGAUCCUACUUCAAUUGCUCAGGAGAAGCAUUCAGGAGCCUUAACCAAAAUCGAAUAUGACUAUGGUCAUAGAUCACCAUCAUAUGUAUAUACUGAGCAAACAUCGGAAGAUGGACAUGUCGAAAGGCACAGCCAUGUUGAGAGGCACAAUCGGCAUGAAGAGAGAAAAAAUGAAUCUACCAAGACUUCUCAAUACUACAAGACAUCAGAUAGUAGUAGCAGGGAAAGGAGGAGGCAUGAUGAUAGGUCUUUGGAGACAGUGUCUAAAUACAGUUCAAAAAAACAUGACAAUAAUACAGUUUCCAAAAAUGAUAUUGACGUGAAGCACACAAGUCAUAAGCACAAGGAAAAGAUGAGAAAAGAAGGUGAUUACCAGGGGAGAAAAGAAUACCAGAAGGAUCCAAUUUCUCUACUCCAUCUGAGAAGCCAAAGUCCCCAAACUCCAGACCCAAAAGGUGUAUUGAAGAUUACAUCUGAAAAAGAAUCUAUCGUUGUUAAUUUGGAUUUGAAGAAAUCAUCGGAUAAGUAUAGACAGUCUCAUGAGCAAAGGAACAAACCCAAAUACCUGCCACCACUAUCUAACACCACCCAAGGACAGGGGAUUUCAGAAGAGAAGCAGAUUUUAGUUGGGGAUAUGCAGAAAAGGAGCAAUUCUACAACCAAGGACAGACAGCUGUCUCAUGAUCUUGUAGCUGUUGCUGGAAAAGAGGCGUUCCAUCCAGUGUUUGAACACCUAGAGUCUUCAUUGCAGGGUGGCAUUAAUGCAACAAAUUCUGAAUUUACUCAGAAAAUUAUAACCAUCAUUCACGAAGUCAAAGCAAACCAUUUCAGGUCAACUGACAUGUCGCUGCAUGAACGCUUCACCAAACUGCAAGCAGAGAGCAAUAAACAGGAAUUAAACCUUAAUAACUCUACACCACAAAUCUAUCCGGAGAUUCAUAGGAGAAUUGAUAUUUCUUUGGAAGAGCUUCAGAGCAAAUCUCUUCGCAAAACAGAGGACAUUGCCCCAGGAAGCCAUAGAGUAAUUGAAGAUCCAAAUGACUUACGACAUGAUAUAGAGAGGAGGCGGAAACAGAGACUACACAGUGAACAUAAUGGUAGUGCGGAUACUAGCUAUGGUAACAGUGACACUUCAAGCAGCUGUUAUACACUUCCAUACCAGGAAACUGGAGAAUUUCAGAGUUCAUGCAGGGUGUGCAGGCCACCUUUCCGAAAGUCAGCAGGAAGGCCUCCAGUUAGGGGUGCAUAUUACAGAGGAAAAUCCAGCCAGUACUACACUUCACUGAACGAUUUUUGAAGACAGUGAUGAGAUUAGAAAGCCUUACAAGGGAUGGGGAAACCCAACUGCAAGAAUAUAA